AUGGGCAAGACGUCUGGCGGCCGCCCCGACCCAGGAGUGCGCGCACACAGGAUUGCUAACCGAAGGCGCAGAGCAGCACUGCUUCCCGCGCACCCCAUGGGCAAGACGUCUGGUUGUCGCCAAGAAGUAGGUGGCCGGCAAGACUUUGGAGUUCGAGCAAACAGAAUUGUUGGCAGAAGGGACUCGUGCGUGUCGUGGGGCCGUCGCGGUCGCUGCGCAGGCACGCGCACAGGCGGCGUGUCCGCGGCCGGCGGGAGCGGCGCGGGCGCGUGGCGGCGGCGCGAGCGCGCCCCGCAGCCGCGGAGGCCCAUGGAGAUCCUCACCAGCAUCUAUGCGCUGCUGUCCGGAGGGCAAGGGGUGAACCCGAAGAUUGAUUCCGUAGCAUUCCGACUGCACUGCGGUGCAACUACCGCCGCUUUGUUAGCGGCUAGCGCAGCCUUAACAACGCGCCACCUGGUGGGCAACCCCAUCGACUGUAUACACACGAGGGAUAUACCAGAAGACGUGUUGAACACGUACUGCUGGAUUCACUCGACGUUCACAGUGGCUGGGGAGGCCCCAGGAGCAUACCCUGGCGUGAGGGGUGCCGGCACGUCGCCGCGAAGGUACGGCAAGUACUACCAAUGGGUCGCCUUCACGCUGUUCUUUCAGGACUACGAGUGUAAGUACCUGUGUUUAGUGUUCGCGCACGUGCUGCUGUCUUGA